AUGGGUGGAACUACCUAUACAAUAACAGCAUUUGCUGACAACAAAUUGAUCAAUGAUACUUCAUCAUAUAAAGCAAUGACUGUCAAUAUCUCAACUAGUGAUCUCCCACAAAUCCAAUCCACAUCAGUUACUUUUUCAGGAAGUAUUCCAACAAGCACUGGUGAUAGCAUCAGACAAAAGCUCGCAAAGAAUAUGGGUGUUAAUCCAUUAUGGUUAACUGGCCAAAGUGUUACCCCAUCAACCAGAAUGCUCGCAGAUGGCACAGGGACAACAACCACAACUACAUUCGCUUAUAAUGUGAUUUAUGAUAGAAGCAAACCAAGCUAUACACCUUCAGGCAUCAUUGGAAACCUUGAUAGUGCAACUGCUACAAGUGAAUUAACGACAUUGGUUGGAACUGCGCCUACUUAUGGAGCCACUAAUGCUGUUCAAACUGGCACUGCACCAUCUUUGACAAGCCCAUCAGUAACCACUAAAACUGACACCUCUGUAACAUUGAGUGCAACUUCUAGUCAAGUAGGAACUAUUUAUGCAGCUUGCAGCACUUCUUCAGGAUAUACAGCAUACUCAUGGCAAGUUGUAGAUGGGCUGGAUGGUACUUCUUCAGCUGUCCCACAUGGCUCGGCAACUGUUGCAACAGCAGCUACAGCUGUGACAUUAACAGUGUCAAACAUGAGUGCAGGCAGGAGUUAUAGUUGCUACCUUACAGCAUGCAACAGCUAUCCAUUGUGGUCGACAUGCAGUGACGUAACUACAUCAACAACUGUCACAGUUACAACAAGCGGUUCAAGCUCAACUGAUAGUAGUGCAGUUGUCAUGGGAACAGGAGUUUUAGCAGCACUCUUCUUAAUCUUUAACUAA